ACGGGAGGAUUUCCCGGGGAAGUCUUCCUCUGUUGGUACUUGGUAGGAAUAUAUGGACGGCUGAGAAGAAGCGAGGGCAGCAUGGGGUCAUCAUACAGGAUGGUGACACGUGGACCUCUAGGAUGACACUGCAACGGGUACGUGUCGAUGUGCUGGGUGAACUGUUCUGUGCAUGGCACGAAGGGCUAUGCAAAUGCAAUCCACUUGGCGUGGCACGCUCGCCGAGGCGUCUGCUGUUUGAUUCAUCCAAUCAGUAAUCACCUACGACGAGGCUAAGGAUACUGCGCAACGUUGCGUACCGUACGAGCGGUUCUUUGACAAACCAGUCGUCAAAAUCAGUGGUUUAAAGUAGUUUAACAUUACAUCAGAUCAACGGUGCAAAAAGUCAUUUUUGAUUCUGUUGGAUUUUUCAAAUUUUAUUUAUUUAUGUGGUUUUUCAAUUAUGGUAAUUUCAAUUCAAAGUGAUUAGACAGGUAAAUUACGGAGAUAAAAAAAUGACUUUUUGUUAUUAAAAUUACUAGCUUUUGCCUGCUCAAAAUUACAACGAGGAAAUGGAUGCUGCCAACGAGGAAAUUCUGAGGCAAGUGUUCGGCGACUCAUCGGACGGCGAGGACUUGGAAUUGGGAGAUGGAUCUGACCCAAGCCAUUCCUGGGAACCAAUCAAAGAAAUCAAAGGGUUGUGGUUGUGCAGAGACUUCCUCCCUCCUCAACGCCAGUCUUCCUUGCUCUCCACAAUCCAGAACGAAGGAUGGUUCACUCAAGCCUCGCACAAUCAGGCUAUGAGAUUUGGAGACCUUCCAUCAUGGGCAGCUGAGCUUUCGCAUUCUAUUCGCAAGGUUGUACUUGCGAGUGACUUUGUUCUUGAACCUAUAGUAUUGGGAAGUACUGAUAAUGUGAAAGAGAAUGAGUGUUCAUUUCCAUCAGAUCUUUUCUGCAGAGAGCCACUCUUCGACCAACUAAUUCUAAAUUCUUACCAACCAGGUGAGGGGAUCUGUGCACACAUUGACCUUAUGCGAUUUGAAGAUGGAAUUGCCAUUCUCUCCCUGGAGUCAUCAUGCGUGAUGCAUUUCAGUCUAGUUGAUGGAACAAGCAGGGGCUUUUUAAUGGAUGGUGAAAAGGAUCCGCCCAUGGCCAAGAUUCCUGUUUAUCUUACCCCAGGGUCCCUAAUUUUUAUGUCAGGAGAAGCAAGGUACCUUUGGAAGCACGAGAUUAACCGCAUGCCUGGAUUUCAGAAGUGGGAAGGGAAGGAACUAAAUCAGAAGAGGAGAAUCUCCAUAACCCUGAGGAAGCUUUGCCAAGUUGAGUAGGUCUAGGUCAUUAAUAACCAGCAGAAUAUUUUCUUUUUUCCAAUUCCUUUUGGUCAUCAAAUACGUUAGUGGUGGUAGGACUUGGAACUUCGAUCACUGUGGAGGAAACCUGGUUCCUAUGUAGCACAUCUGUCACAUUUGUGGGUGAAAAUGUGUCUGCGGGAUUGAAAUUGAGGAUCAGAUUGCACUGGGAAAGCACUUAGUAUUGGUAGGUUUCACUGGGACUGUCUAAUCUCUGUGAUUUGCAAAUGGAGGCAAUUUGGAAAAGAUGCUGAGGGAAGCAGAUUAUCCAAGAUUCCAGUGACCAAGAUGAAUCCUUUAUGGGACCAACUUAGCAUUGGUGUCCAAUUUUUAGUCUCAGUUUCAGCUUGGAUGGACGUACAAGGUUGCCUUUCUUGUAGUAGGAUUG